GCUGGGAGGAUGGGGCAGCCGCGGAGGCCGGGGAACGGCAGCGGCCUGGCGGCGCCAUGACCGGCGAGAAGAAGAAGAAGAAGCGGCUCAACCGCAGCGUCCUGCUGGCCAAAAAGAUCGUCAUACGGGACGGGGCCGGCGUGAGUGGAGGGGGAGGAGGAAGGGGUGGUCGGGGCGGUGUGGUGCGGCUGGGGCGGCUUGGCCCUGCUGGAUGUCACGCGUCCCCAGGCCGCUGUACCGGCAACAGCUGCUCCCGCCGACCGGGCCCCGCUGCCCUCCGGUUGGGGUGAGGCGGCUCUGCCCGUCGGAGCCUCCUCCGGACACGGCUGCUCCUCUGACCCUGUGGGGGUUCUAUUGCCGUGGGCGUGCGUGGGAACUUGGGGAUGUGUGUGCUGUCACUGUAUGGCAAACUGCCUUUGGAUCCGGGUGAAAUGUGUGUUUGAUUGGAGAGUUCUGUGAGAAGCUCCAGGUAUUGCUGUUGUGCACCUGGAAUGUGAGUUACAGCAGCAUGCCUGGUGUGUGGCAGCUCAGAGCCAGGCACACCUGUGGGGCAUAAGGUGGCAGUGAGCUUUUCCUGUGUUCCUGGUCAUCAAUCUAUCCAGCAGGCUCCUAGCAAUCUCUUCCUAUUUUAUAACUGCACAUCCUCAAGAGGAGUGGCACUGUGGGGUGACUCCAAAGAUGAGCUCUUCUCUAUUGCUUAAGGAGUGGAGCAGAUUGCCCAAGGAGGCUGUGGAUGCCCCAUCCGUGAGGCAUUCAAGGCUAGGCUGGAUGUGGCUCUGGGCAGCCUGGUCUGCUGGUUGAUGACCCUGAACAUAGCAGGGGGUUUGAAACACGAUGAUCAUUGCAGUUCUUUUCAACCCAGGCCAUUCAAUAAUUCAGUGAGUGUAAUGCAACAAGGUGAUUGGUAGGUGGAAGGUGUGAACAGCUUCCACGUGGAUUUCUGCAUCUACUGUGUGAAGAGAUGGGCUGUUAAGUUUUGUUACAGUUGUGACAGAAACAUUUAAUGGUUGGGAGAGCACAAGGAGGGCUGAUGAAAGCAAGAGAGGGCUGUUGUCUUCUGCAGGGAGGCUGUUAGGUGAGUGGAGCGAGGUGGGUUUGUGCCACCCUGGGCCUCCUUCCUCUGCUACAAACAACCAUCUCAGUUGUGUGCAGUAACACUGACUGCUGUGAGGCUCCCCUAGGGCAGGGUUGGGUGCCUCUUGGUUCCAUGCUGGUGAUUUGAUUUCUUCUUUUAAGGAGACCUCACUUUCUGUCGGGUUGAAAUCAUACUGUUGCUAAUGUGAGAAAUGAGCCCCUGUGAAAGAGAGCGCGUUGUGCUACUGAAUGUUUGGUCUGUGCUGUUCUUUGAUGUAAUUCAGCUGAAGUUUUCCUCGUGAUUUGUUUUACUCGUGAGCUCAUGACUUUGGAAGUAUGUCCUGCAUGGCAGGAGAUAACCUUCUGGGCAGGCAGCUGAACAAAUGCUGCUUUAGGAGUGCUGGGAGAGAUCUUUAUUAAAAGUAAGAUAAGCAAACUCUUCAGGGCUUUUUUUUUUUUUUAAGCUGAUCUAAAGGAUUUGCCUUUUUUAUCACAUUGGACAUACAGAGUCAGCACUGAGGGCUAAACUCGUCUUUCCAAACUUCUGGAGCCUUUUCUGAGGUGUUGCAUCUACUGCUGUCAAAAUAGGCAGCGGGGGUCCAUGUCAAAGCGACAGGGGAUUGGAGAGCCCAGCGUGUACCACGCAGUGGUGGUGAUUUUCCUGGAGUUCUUUGCCUGGGGUUUACUGACCACUCCAAUGCUGACGGUAUUACACCAGACUUUUCCUCAGCAUACGUUCUUGAUGAAUGGUCUGAUUCAUGGAGUCAAGGGUCUGCUUUCUUUUCUAAGUGCCCCACUGAUUGGUGCUCUCUCUGAUGUCUGGGGCAGGAAAUCCUUCCUCCUCCUCACUGUCUUCUUCACAUGUGCACCAAUUCCCCUUAUGAAGAUCAGUCCGUGGUGGUAUUUUGCUGUCAUUUCCAUGUCUGGAGUCUUUGCUGUCACCUUUUCAGUGAUUUUUGCCUAUGUUGCUGAUAUCACACAGGAGCAUGAACGCAGUACAGCAUAUGGCCUGGUGUCAGCCACAUUUGCUGCUAGUCUGGUUACAAGCCCAGCAAUUGGUGCAUACCUUUCCCAAGCCUAUGGUGAUACACUAGUAGUUGUGCUAGCUUCAGGUGUUGCUUUGCUGGAUAUUGGUUUCAUCCUGCUGGCUGUGCCAGAAUCUCUGCCAGAAGAGAUGCGUCCAGUCUCCUGGGGAGCUCCAAUCUCUUGGGAACAAGCAGACCCAUUUGCUUCUUUGAGGAAAGUGGGUCAGGACUCUACAGUGCUGCUCAUCUGUAUCACUGUCUUUCUCUCCUACCUUCCUGAAGCUGGCCAGUACUCCAGUUUUUUCCUGUACCUACGACAGGUCAUUGGUUUUUCCUCAGAGACUGUGGCAGCGUUUAUUGGUGUCGUUGGAAUUCUCUCUAUACUGGCUCAGACAGUAGUGUUGGGAAUUCUCAUGCGUUCAAUAGGAAAUAAAAACACCAUCCUGCUGGGACUAGGCUUCCAGAUCCUGCAGCUUGCCUGGUAUGGCUUUGGAUCACAGCCUUGGAUGAUGUGGGCAGCAGGGGCUGUGGCUGCCAUGUCUAGCAUCACCUUCCCAGCCAUCAGCGCCAUGGUGUCUAGGAAUGCAGACCCUGACCAGCAGGGUGUAGUGCAGGGGAUGAUCACUGGAAUUCGGGGUCUGUGUAAUGGCCUGGGGCCAGCUCUCUAUGGCUUUGUCUUCUAUCUCUUCCAUGUGGAAUUGAAUGAAAUGGCUGAGGUGGAAACUUUGGGUAAGGCCUCCAAACCCAACAUGGCCAACCCAACAGAUGAGAGCAGCAUUAUCCCAGGGCCUCCUUUCCUGUUUGGAGCUUGUUCUGUCUUGCUGUCACUCCUGGUGGCCUUGUUCAUUCCAGAACACAACCUUACCCUGAGAUCAGGCAGCCACAAAAAACACAAUAACGGAGCCCAGACCCACACCCACAGCCCACAGGCUGGAGCUUCAGAUGGCAAGGAGCCCCUGCUUGAGGACAGCAGCGUAUGAGGUUGGGAGAGAAGGACCUGGCUUGUGUCUCAACUCCAGAUCAAGGAUGGACUUAGUUGGUGUUUGGGGAGAGAGGGUUGGGAAGCAAGAAGGAGCGAGAUAACAGACUGUACCACGAGCAGCUCACGAGAAGGGAAGUGGUUUCCCUUCAAGCCAAAUAUAUUCAGCUGGUGCAAAAAUUGAAUUGUAUGGUCUGGUGCUGACGGAAAGGGGAGAUACGGAACUGCUCUGCAUGAAGGGAUAUUUCUUUAAAGCAACCCUGCCCUUGUUGUGAACGCUGAACUUCAUGGUGUGACCUGCCAAAUACUCAACUCGUCAGUGAAAAAUUAAGGAGCUAGCAUUGUCUGUGUUCUAAUGUGAACUAACUCGUGUGCCAGCCAGAAUAAAACAAGGCAUCUGUUACGUUCCCCCAUCCCCUUACAUAAUUGGUACUCGAUGCUGAGCCCAUCGCAGCUGAGUUGGCUGACCUCAGCCUGGGGGAGGCCGAGAAGCUGCACUGUUCAGCCCAUACUGUAAUAAUACACCAAGUAAAAAGUGUGCGUGGAUGAAGAACAGAUAGUAUAGUCACCAUCUUGAGGAUCUGGUGAAUUUGUCCAUUUUGACCCAGGUGACACUUACUUAGACAAGAAAUUGAUGCUGUCCUGAGCUCACAAGGGAGAAUGGGCAGACGGCAGGCAAUUAUAUGAGUUACAGAUGCUUAGGAGGUCAACGUUGGUAUUUUUCAUGGGGGUUUCUGUUGCUUUUAUGUUGGCUUUCGUUGUUGUUGUGACGCUGAUGCAACACUUCUGUGUGUCACUACCUCCAUAGGAAGUAGGUAGGAGGAUUUUGGGGGGGGGAUUUUCUUCUGGAGGUGGAAAGGUUGAUUAGAAAACAGCUUCUGAAGAGGCAGGAGAACAAAGUGCUUAGCAGAGUUCACUUCUUUAAAGCAUGGCUUCCUGAGGGUGAGGUCAGAGAAAUAGCUGUUGAGCACUUUUAUGAAGCAUGUUGAUUUUCCCACAGACUCUUCUCAUCUUGAUAUUAAAACCAGAUAAUGAGCAUGAUCUGUUUUUUUUUUUCCUCAGCCCAAAGGAGCCUGAUGAGGGUUGCAAUUGCUUUGAACCUGCAAGCUUGUAUUCCACGUAGCAUCUCUGAAGGCUUUCAUUUUGUUGAAUGAAACUGCAACCUCUUCUGCAGGGUUCAGCUCUGCUUAGAAGAAGAAACAGAAACUCUGAGUGCUGUGAAAGCUGAGGGAGAUACGUAGGGAAUGCUUGGUUGUUUAUGGAUACAUAGAGAUAGUGGAGUGGGCAGGAAACAAUCGUAUGAGUGAGAGCAGAAAUAAGGGCAGUGGGAAAGCAGAGACCAGACUGGGGGCACUUAAGGAGUUUGUUGCUAAGGGGAUUGUGGGUACAGUGGCCAAAAAAUAGUCCCAUCUCAGCAUGGGGUAUUUGUACAGCUGUCGUGUUCUCUCCUGGGGAUCACUUCUCUGUAGGUUCAAGACAGUAAUUUAGGGGAGAAAGACCAAAAGGGAUCGCUGUCACUUCAUGUCUUGGUUCUUUGCAGAUGGGUCAUUGCAUUUGAUGCUGUUCCUGUGCAGAAGUGACCAAAAUGCUGUUUGCCUCUGGAUUUAAUGACUUCUAUCAGCCAGACAGCCCCAAAGAUCACAGUGCCCUGAAGCACAGCAGGCACUCCUAUGGGGCCCAAGUGCUCUCAGUUUGCUUCACCCGGGGUGCCUGCUUGAGGGAUGUGAAGGGGCCAUGAGGCUCGGGGUGUUCAUAGCUUUUCACCUCUUCUGUGAGCUUGGCAGAGGGAGAGCUGGUUCGUGGUGACUGAACAGAUGGAGUUCUGCAUCUUCGUGUUCAUCCCUUAAGAGCCUAACAGUAUAGAAUCACUGCUUGCCUUGAAUUAAGAGCAUCAUGUCGACUUACCAGUUUUCUGGACCAGUUAGUUAGCAGAGGUGGGCAUUUCAGUGAAGUAUUUCAUCCUUUGUUUACCAAUAACUUUGGCUGGUACUUAAAUCCUGCAGUAAGAACUGUAAGAGCAGCUGAUUGCCCAUGCAGAGAGCGGCAGUCUCAGACACUGAGGGUUUGCUUAUGCAGCUCUGACUGUGGGACUGGAGAGCAGUGCUAGCAGAAGGUAUCAGCAACGUGUGGAGCCUCCAGUUUUCUCUCUGCCCCAUGUUUCCAGGCCUUGUUGGGAUAGGUUGCACUGUGGAUGCACAGCACACACCUUUCCUGAAGAAAACCCCCUCACUUUGACUUCUAGGCAGCGAUUCCAGCUCUGUAUUGCUCACAGGAAUAGCUUUUAUUCGACUGGAGCUUCACCAGGUAAAUCUGGUGCUUCAUUUGUUUGCACUGCAUUAAAAUGAACUCGAGUAGUUACGUCCCUCCCAUGCAAAUGAAUUGAAAUUUAAACACUGAAUAGUUACCUCAUUCACACCCAAAGCUUCACAGGUUAAAAUAGAGCAGAACGUUACAAAACCAAGACGAGCCUAAUUUAUAUGAUAGAAAAUAUAUAGAUAUAGAUAUAUAUAUUUUUCCAAGUCCUUUCCUAUCUAUGGUAAUUUCUUCCACCGAGGUCUCUUCCCAACCUGCCAGGAUCUGCAAUGCAGCCGUGGUUGUGCAGGCAGAGGUGGUGCAAUGGGGAUGGGUGUGAGGUGCUCCCAAUCCCACAGUGCUGAGGGUGCAGAGGUUCCCUGGAGGGCAGCAAGCCUGCUUGCCUUCCCUGCAGAUGCUGCUUGUUGUUAUGGGUGUUGGAAGCAGGCAGGGAUUUGUUGUCACGUUUCUGGAGUUCCCUCAGUUGGGUGGGGGUCUCUUGGCCCCGCUGUAACCCCUCUCUCCCUGUUAGGCGUAGGGAUGUGAGCCACCAUUCUGCCUUUAUGUGAGAGACACUGCCUCGAGCCCAGCGGUGGCGGAGCUGAGAUUACUGGACCUGAAUGAAGAAUGUGCCUAAUUCUGAAGGGCUGGUAAUCCUGCAGCGUCGGUGGUGGAGGCUGGAAAACCUGUACAGAGCAUUGAGUUAGCAUUGCCAAGUUUUGUUAUUUUCUAUGGAAAUGCAACUUUUCUUUUUUUUUUUUUAGAGGAGCCUUUUCUGUCAGUCCCAUUCAUCUGCUAUGUGAUGCCUGAGCCUGGCCAGUCAGCAUCGUGUUCUGCAGUGAGUUGGUAACAGCAACACCCCAACCAUACAGCAAAAGGAUGGGCUCAGCUUGCCCUUCCUCUGCAGCUCCAACGUUAACAGCAGCAGUCUGAGUGAGUUUAUAAAGCUGAUCUCGUUGCAUUAGAGAAACUGAAUGCAUCAAACCACCGCUUGCCCUUUUGCUGUUACCUUUGCAAAGGACUCACUUGGAACUUUGUUUUUAUCCUUCCAUUUGCACUUGAAUUGCUGCUAACAUCUCUGGUCAUCUUUCAAGUGUGGGCACACAGCAAGCCCACGUUCAUUGGAGAACGGCUCUAAGUUUACUAUGGUGUGCAUUUCUGUAUCUCUUUUCUAAGUUAACAUUGAAAUGUAUUUAUUUCAGUUCAGGUUGUGUUUAGCACUGGCUAAUCUCUCCUCUGAUGGAUUAUUUAUUAAACUGCUGCAUUCCUGUUGCGUUGAA